AGGCGAGCCCGCAGUGUGGGGGGGCGGGCGGCGCGGCGUGGUGCCUGGGCAAGGGACGCCGAGCUGUGGUCCUUGCUUUGCCUCCCUCCGGACCCAAGGAGGAUGACUCGCUUCGCUCUGACGGUUAUCCGACAUGGAGAAACAAGACUUAACAAGGAGAAAGUACUUCAAGGACAAGGAAUAGAUGAGCCUCUUUCAGAAACUGGAUUUAAGCAAGCAGCCGCCGUUGGCAUAUAUCUUAAAAAUGUCAAGUUUUCUCAUGCUUUCUCUAGUGAUCUCACGAGGACUAAGCAGACCAUGCAUGGCAUUUUGGAGAAAAGCAAGUUGUGCAAUAAUAUGACAGUAAAGUAUGAUUCGAGACUUCGAGAAAGGGCACUUUUAUCUAUCGGACCAUUGCAGAAAUAUGGGGUUGCAGAAGGCAAGGCGCUGACUGAGCUAAGGACAUUGGCGAAAAUAGCUGGGGAGGAAUGCCCUACCUUCACCCCACCUGGAGGAGAGACGCUGGACCAGGUGAAAAUGCGUGGAAAAGUCUUUUUUGAAAAUCUUUGUCAGUUGAUCCUGGAAGAAGCAGAUCAAAAAGAACAGUUCUCACAAGGCGCACCAGGCAACUCUCUGGAAACUUCUUUAGCAGAAAUAUUUCCUUUAGCAAAAAACCUCAGAUCCGAAUUUAAUUCCAACGGCAGUACUCCAGGAUUAGCAGCCAGUGUCUUAGUUGUGAGUCAUGGAGCUUACAUGAGAAGCCUGUUUGAUUAUUUUCUGACUGACCUUAAGUGUUCCUUACCAGCAACUGUGAGCAAAUCUGAGAUUGCUUCAGUCAGUCCCAAUACAGGGAUUAGUCUCUUUAUCAUAAAUCUGGAAGAAGGAAAAGAAGGUAAACCCACAGUUCAGUGUGUCUGUAUGAACCUAAAGGAGCAUCUAAACGGAGUGACUGAAACCCACUAAGUUUAGACCUACAUCAAAAUCUAACCGUUUUGAGCCUCUGAGGGAGAGAGUGCCUUUGGCCUUAUUUAUUUCUGUCCUCUGCUAGUGCUGAUUUGCAAACAGUUAAAUCAGCAUUCUGUUAUAGCAGGUUAUAAAGUUUGAAUGCAAUCAUAGCCACAUAAGACACUAAUGUAAAACCAUUUAGAAAUGACUUAUUUGUUUGAGUUCAGUUGGCAUGUUCCAGAGUGAUUUUCCCAUCCUGCCCAGUUCCCUCUCCGGAUUGUAAAUGGAUGAAGGAACUCACUGUUGUAAGAUGAGGGAUUAAUAACCUUGUUACUGUGUUUCUUUCCUUUUUUCUUACAUUGAUUUUUUUUUUACUGUCUGAAAAUCUAGCCUGUUUAUUGGCUCUUGGUAAGAUACUGUAUGCUUUUUACUAUCUCAACCGGUGUUUGAGAGAAAAAACGGUUUAUUCUGUAAUUCCUACUGCAUAUUUAUAGUGACAAUGUUAUUUAAAAAAAAAAAACUCUGUCCUUUAAAUGAAAACCUUUUACUGUCAUAAUUUUAUGUAAAGUAAAAUGACACUAAAGGGUUUUUUUUUUUUUACAGGAAUCAACUGUUGGAAUUUUUUUGUAGUUGGUUUGGAAUGUGGGUGAAUGAAGGUUAUGCUUUCAGGAUGGUCUGGUGUGGAACAGAAGUUAAGGCAUUGUUUGAUUAAUGAAUUAAAGAAGGAGUCUCUGAGCAGGAGAAGAUAGAAGAGCAACUCUUCUAAAUGAUUAGUCUAAGUUAGUCUAUUUUGCAAAAGACAAGGUAGUGGAAGCUAAGAAAGCAAAUAAAUUUAGCUAAGAGAAUAAAGGUGAAAUAUCCACUUACUUAUCUAAACUAUAAGCUGAUGAACUUACAGUUUAAGGAAGGCUUUAGAGAAAAUAAACAGUUAACAGCACCACUAUACAGUAACCUCAGAAUAAAAGAGGAGGCACAGUUGAAAAUUUCAAGUGGUGCUGUGGUAACCAACUGGUUAAAUUGUGGAACGUACAGAUGAGUUUGCUGUUUCUUUCCACCAGAUGGCGCUGGAAAAAAGUGAUUUUGAUUAACUUAAUUUUGCCCAAAAGAUUGGUCCCUCAAAAAUCCUUAUGUAUAAAUGGAGUUUGCUUUUAAGUUAUCAUGUUAAUGAAAACUGAGAGUCUAGUCUUAAAUGAGGAUUAAUACUAAAGUUGUCUGUUAAGGCUAAAGUCACAUAGUCAACAUUUAUUUUGAGCAUCAUUUAAAUCACAUAUGAAGUCCAAUAUUGAAUGGUUUCUCAAUGUGCCCAGUACCACCAGGAUUUCCUGCCACUAUUGAAACAGCUUGUGGUCGAGCACCAGAGGAAGUGAGUGAAAACUUGAAAGAAUAACAGAAAAGGACAAACAAUAGUAAAUAUCCACAUUCCCACCAUUCAGAAGUAAUAAUUGUUAAGAUUUUGUUGUAUUUGCUUUCCUUUUUCUAUGAAGACAUAGAAUAUUAAGAUAUAAAGUAAGUCCCCUUAACCAGUUCUUGCAUUGAGUUCAUGUAUACUUUCAUCUAUUUUUUACAUUUCACUUUGUAUCCAUAAGGAAACUAUUUUUUUGUCGUUUGUAGAAUGUACACAAAUGUCAUUGAGAUGAAUGUAUUCUUUAUUUUCACUUAUAGUUUGGGGCUCUGUCUUUGUUGCUAUGUAUAGAUCUAGUUAAUUACUUAUAACCACUGUAAUCUAUUGAAUAAAUAUUAGCACAUUUUAUUUAUUCUCUUAUUAAUGGAUAUUUAAGUAUAGUUAGUAUUUUCCUAUAGAAACAAUACUGCAGAGAAUAUCCUUUUGCAUCUCUUCUGGUGCUGGGUCAUACAAAAAUGUGCAUUUCCAGAUUUUGUAACAGCCAAAUGGCCCUUCAAAAUGGCAGAACCCAUUCUCAGUUUCUCUAGCAGUAUUUCAAAGUUCCUGUUUUCCCACACCUAUAUCAACACUUGAUAAUGUGUAAUUUUUUUGCUAAUGUAAAGAGCAAAAAAAUGGUCUCAUUAUUUUAGCUUUUCUGUGAUUACUAAUGAGUGGACUGUUUUUCACUAUGUAUAGUGAUAGUUUGGAUUUCCUCCCUGGUGAAUCAUUGGGAUAUAUUCUUUGCCUGUUUUUAUGUGGGGAAGUUUGAUCUUUUCUUAGUGAGUUACAGGAGUAAUUUGGAUAUUCUGGAUGCCAGUCCUCUUCUGUAUGUAAUGCAAAUAUCUUCCAGUUUGUUACUUGUCUUUUAGUCCCAUUUAGGAUGCAUUUUUUCAUUUAAGUGUUUUCAAUUUUUAAGUCAAACUAUUUUGUCCUUUAUGAUUUAUGGGAGAAGACAAUAAUAUAUAACAUGUCAGGUUUCAGCCAGUGCUAUUGAGAAACAUAAAGCAGGGUAAGGGAAAUAGACUGGAGGGAGGACACUGCUUCAUUGAGGGUGAGCCGGGGAGGGCUCUGGGGUGAUCUCCGAGUACUGAAGGAAGUGGGAGAGCUGUGCUGAUCUCUGGGAGAAGAGUAGCCCAUGUGGAAGCCGAGGACAGAUGU